CAUGCAAAUAAUUAAUAGCAUUAUAAGAUGCACUCACGAAAUCGCGCGUGCAACAUCUCGUGUCGAUGUAAUAAUUCAGUAUGACGAUGACAACAGCAGCUCGGGAUCAGGCUAUGGCCAUAGCAGGCAACAGGCAACAGACAGCAGCCGGCAGGAGGCAGCGUGGUACAAUAAACAGCCGUCAUGGCCGACACCGAUGCGGCCAGCCCAUCGCAAUCGCACAUUUACACCACAAACUGUAGUCCACUGCCUGCCUUUGUUGCCGCCUCCUCCCGCUUACUGUAAUUUACGGCUGCAGCAAAAGUUGCAAGCGAAAAUGUUGCGUUUGCUGUCUGUUGCAAUGUUGCAUAAUAAAUGUUGCAAUAUGCAAUGCGCACCGGCUGUGAGUGCAACAUCUCGUAUUCAUAUGGACACACAUAAAUCGAUGCCACACACCCCUGCGAAUUCCAAUGCUAUUUUGUAUAUACGAAAUUGUACCCCUUCCACGGCGCGGCACUUCGGUUUAUUUGUCAACUGAUUGAUUGACAAGCUUUGCUAAAAUUCUAAAAAACCGAAAUAUCCAACUGGAGUCAG